CACAUCCUGAUCUUGCCUGCCUCCACGUCCGCCUCCUCUGCCUCCGCUUCCACCUCCUCCGCCUCCACCUCCUCCUCCGCUUCCUCCUCCUGCUCCUCCUCCUCCUCCUCCUCUUCCUCCUCCUCCUCCACCUCCUCCUCCGCUUCCUCCUCCUGCUCCUCCUCCUCUUCCUCCUCCACCUCCUCCUCCUCCACCUCCUCCUCCGCUUCCUCCUCCUGCUCCUCCUCCUCCUCCUCCUCUUCCUCCUCCUCCUCCUCCUCCACCUCCUCCUCCGCUUCCUCCUCCUGCUCCUCCUCCUCUUCCUCCUCCACCUCCUCCGCCUCCACCACCUCCUCCACCUCCUCCUCCUCUUCCUCCUCCUCCUCCACCUCCUCCUCCUCCUCAUCUUCCUCCUCCUCCUCCUCAUCUUCCUCCUCUUCCUCCUCCUCUUCCUCCUCCUCCUCCUCCUCCUCCUCCGCUGCAUCUGUAAAUGUCGAAUGA